UUUUCUACUUCUUGCUAAGGCUGUUUUUCCUUUCCUAUACCCUAAGUUAUCAUUCUGCAAUGGAGUCAACCAAAGGGUGUUCCGACCACUGGUUAAAAAAUGUUUUUUGGACCCCUUCCAUUGCUUUUGGAUCCCUUCCAUUGCUUUUGGAUCCCUUCCAUUGCAUAUACGUAUAUUUCUCUUUCUCAAUUUGACUUCCCAACUGUCUAUCGCCUAAAUCUUUCCAGCCCCAUGCCAUAUGCUAUCAGAUGUACUUGUUUGAUUCUGUUUGUUCAAGGAAAAGAGGACAAUUUCGAAAAGUACUCCCACGGUGAAAUCGACAGUCUGGGGUCUACAUAUGACUACGAUAGCAUCAUGCAUUAUGGGAAGUACGGAUUCAGUGCCAAUGGUCAACCGACCCUUCUUGCUCUUGGUGAUCCAAGUAGAGAGCUGGGACAACGGGAAGGUCUCAGUACAGGGGACAUCCUGAAGCUAAAUACGCUAUACGACUGCUCCGGCCCAACAGGUGGCUGGAGCUCUUGGAGCUUGUUCACACCCUGCGAUGAAGCAUGCAAUCAGUAUCGACAGCGCUUCUGUACCUCAGUAGACAAAAGGUUGGCAUGUCCAGAGGCAGAUCAGUAUGGCAUCGAAACAGAUAAUAAAGUCUGCGCAAAUGAGACUUGUCAUGCACCAAUAGAUGGUCACUGGGGUCGAUGGUCAGCCUGGGGAUCUUGUAGCGCAUCUUGUGGGGAAGGCAAUCGAACAAGAACUAGAGAGUGCAAUGACCCUCCCAACUUGAACGGUGGACGUUACUGUCAAGGCUACGCCAAUCAAACAGAACGUUGUCUUAUUCAGUCUUGUGGAGUUGGAUCCGACGAUUGUAACUUUGAUGAGGAUGAAUGGUGUCACUGGAAACAUGACGUCACAGGUACCAGUCCGUUACCAUGGUAUCGAGGAACUCGGGGAACUCCAACUUCUCGUACAGGUCCUUCAACUGAUCAUACCACUGGAACAGGGGGUUUCCUUUAUUCCGAGUCAUCAAAUCCAGUCCAAACUGGCCAAUCAACGCGACUCAUCAGUAAAGAAAUUCUUCCCACAUUGAAUGCACGUUGCAUGCACUUCUUCUAUUCAAUGUAUGGAGAAGGUAUGGGAACCCUAAACGUGUAUCUAAAGAAUCCAAUAACCAAAGAACUGGUAAGGAUAUGGGACACGUCUGGUAACCAAGGUAACCAUUGGCAACAUGGAGACGUAACCAUAUCAACUACACAUACAUACCAAAUCAUUUUUGAAUCUAUUUGUGGUAGUGAUUACAGAAGUGACAUAGGUCUUGAUGAUAUCACCUUUACCAAUGGGUCCUGCAAUGAUAAAAACACCUCGACGAGUGCACCUACUACAUUACCAACAGCAGUAACCACCCCUUCGCCUGCUGAUAUUUGUGAUUUUGGUGUAACAUCUGGAACGACCUGCACAUGGUACAACGACCCUCAGAACCCAAGAACAACGGACAACUUCUUCAGAUACAUGUGGUGGGUACACCGUGGUACAACUCCAAGCAGAGGGACUGGGCCAUACUCAGAUCACAGUAAUCACGGCUAUUAUAUCUACCUAGAAGCAUCCAGUCCCUACUGUAAAGGCAUGAAAGCGCGGUUGAUUAGCAAGUUGUACCAACCUUCAAUGACCAUGUGCAUGAAUUUCUGGUACUUCAUGUAUGGAAGAUCUGUUGGAACAUUAGCUGUCUUUAUUGACAAUAUUUCUGGUCGAACCCAGGUGUGGUGGAAGAGAGGCAACCAAGCGGAUCAAUGGCUUCAUGCAGUAAUUCCUUUAUCGAGUUCUACAGCAUUCAAGAUAAUAAUCGAGGGAACACGUGGUUCUGAUUACCUUGGUGAUAUAGCCCUUGAUGACAUCAAAGGAUAUUUUUGCAUCUCUUCGGACAAAAUGUCCAGGAUUCUUCUACUAAUAGUUAGUUUUCUUGCUACACAAACCUUGCAGAAUCCCGUGAAAAGCAAAGAUAAUGAUCUGCUCUCAGCUGCCACCGACAGGAUCAUUGAUGCUAAUGAAGCUGAAGAUGUUGACUCGAAGCUGUUUGAAGGGGACAUAGAGCUGAGUCCCGAAGACAUGCAGCAAGCAGAUAACAGAAUGUCUAAGAGAAAUGCUCAACGAACACGUCAAAAACUAUGGAGAACGAAAAUCAUACCAUACGAAAUAGACAGUGAACUUGUGAAAGAAUCCUUUGAGGAGCAAAUCAUGGCAUCAAUAGAAGAAUUCCAUCAACAUACUUGUAUACGUUGGGUUCGACACACGGUUCAAAAAAACUGGAUCAAGUUUAUCAAAUCUCACAAGUGUUCAUCUGCCGUCGGUAAAGAAUACUGGAGUGAGGGUUCCCAAAAAAUUUCACUAAAUGACGGCUGUAAGAACAAGGGAACGAUACUCCAUGAAAUGAUGCAUGCAACAGGAUUCUGGCACGAGCAAUCACGCCCUGACAGGAACAAAUAUGUGGAGAUCAUGUGGGAAAACAUUGAACCAGGCAAGGAAGACAACUUUGACAAAUAUGACCACCAAACUAUAGAUGAUCUCGGUGUUCAGUACGACUACGAAAGUAUAAUGCAUUACGGGAAACUCUCAUUCAGCACUAAUGGCAAGUCUACGAUUCAAGCUGUUGGGAAUCCCGAUAUGGAGCUGGGACAACGAGACGGGCUGAGCAAACUCGAUAAAAUAAAGCUUAAUGCUUUAUACAACUGCGAAAGUCUAAGUGGGAGAUGGAGCACAUGGUCAGACUUUACACCAUGUAAUCAAUGUAAAAAAUAUCGACAGCGAUAUUGUACAGACCAUAACAAGGCUCUUUGCCCAGGUGCUGAUUAUUAUGGCAUUCAAACGCAAAUAGUUCAAUGUACUCCUCAGGAAUGUAAUGCUCCUAUUGAUGGCCACUGGGGAAGGUGGUCAGAAUGGUCAACAUGUAGUGCGACUUGUGAUCAAGGCACACAUACCAGAACGAGGCUUUGUGACGAUCCAGCUCCAAAACAAGGCGGAAAAGAGUGUACUGGUAAAAGGGUUGAUAGACAACCAUGUGUUAUGAAAGAUUGUAAUCUUGGUCCCGAUGAUUGCGAAUUUGAUGCUGGUGUUUGGUGUCACUGGAUCCAGGACGAAACGGACUCAAAUCCUAUAGACUGGGAACGAACGUCAAAACCAACUCUAACUUUUGGGACUGGGCCUCCAGGGGAUCACACGUCUGGUUUCGGUUAUUAUAUCUUUGCGGAAUCUUCAAGCCCAGCUACUAAAGGAGACACAACUCGACUCAUUAGCAGACGCUUUACUCCGAGCUCAGGUCGCUGCAUCACUUUUUGGUAUUACAUGUUUGGCCCAGGAGUAGGCGAACUUAGAGUCUAUAUAAGGGACUUAGAAUCCAACUUAAAAAAGAAGAUAUGGGAAAAGCAGGGUGACCAAGGUGCAGCUUGGAUGAAGAGCACGGCAGAUAUUAUAAGUUAUAAUAUAUAUGAGGUUGUUUUUGAAGCUGUUAGAGGAUCCACAUUCCAGGCUGAUAUUGCACUUGAUGACAUCAUGUUUGACGAUGGAUUAUGCCAUAGUCGUAAACCUGCUACCACCAUGUUCACUUCUAAGCCAGCAACUGAAGAAGUCCGACCAACUGAACCUUACUUGACAAAAGCCCCAUCUACUCAGACCCCAGGAGAAACAUCAACAGAAACACCAUCUUCAGAAGCCCAGACGAAAGUCCCGUCAACGACAGUCCCACCAACAGAAGUCCCAUCGACAACAGCCCCACCAACCGAAGUCCCAUCGACAGCAGCCCCACCAACAAAAGUCCCAUCAACAACAGUCCCAACAACAAAAGUCCCAUUGACAACAGCCCGACCAACAGAAGUCCCAUUGACAACAGUCCAACCAACUGAAGUCCCAUCAACAACAGUCCCAUCAACUACAGCCUCACCAACAGAAGUCCCAUCAACGACAGUCCCACCAACAAAAGUCCCAUCAACAACAGUCCCACCAACAAAAGUCCCAUCAAUUACAGCCCCACCAACAGAAGUCCCAUCAACUACAGUCCCACCAACAGAAGUCCCAUCAACUACAGUCCCACCAACAAAAGUCCCAUCAACAACAGUCCCACCAACAGAGGUCCCAACAACAGAGCCAACUUCGAACGUGGUUCCAUCCACAAACGCUCCCUCAUCAGAAACAAUCGAUGAUUUUUGUGAUUUUGGGUCUAUUGAACAUACACUUUGCACAUGGAAGAAUGAUCCUACAAAUUCCAAGGCACCUGGUGGGUACGUAUUCGACUGGUGGUGGAUGCAGUUGCCUACACCAAGUGAAAACACUGGGCCAUCAGCUGACCACACUUCUGGGCUAGGGUACUACAUCUAUUUAGAAUCGUCUAAUCCCUUCGUAGCUGGAAAUAAAGCGCGGCUUCUAAGUAGACAGUACCAGACUUCCACGGCCGUUUGUCUUCAUUUCUGGUAUCACAUGUUUGGAGAUACCAUUGGUUCACUUACGGUCUACAUUGAUAAUGAACAUGGGAGAAGUAAAAUAUGGGAAAUCAAGGGAAAUCAAGGGAACGAAUGGAAGAACGCAAACGUUCCUAUCAAAAGCAAGUCAUCGUUUAGGAUUGUCAUUGAAGGUGAAAGAGGGCUAGGUUACACUGGAGAUAUUGGUUUAGAUGACAUUGCUGUCAGAAGUGGGUCAUGCUCUUAGAGGACAAGGUUAAGAGGUAUGAAGAUAAAAAGUGUAAGUGAUGGACCACGUGGUAGAAAUGAUUUGUCUUCAAUCAUUAAUAGGCUUCUGUAAAACAGCAGAAAUGAGUUAAGAAGAAUAAAUAAUGAUUUGUUCAAAAUAAAA